AUCAUUCCUGGUUUCAUCUGCAACCCAAGAACUUCAACUGGAUGAGAGAUCCAGCAGCCAUUGGUCCCUGUUCAGUAUCAAUGACGACAUCUGGAAGGCAUUAUUUUUCCAGCACCAGAGUCAGGCUCACAAGCCGUAAGUAUGCAAAACUAGCUUUGGUCACUCUGACUUGUUGAACUUCCCACUGGCAAAUAUUGCAGCUGGGAUACUCCUGAAAUAAUGUAUGGCACUUCCCGCAGUGUGGGGAAUGGGGGAGGUAGUGGACCCAUUUAUUUACCUCCUCCUGUGUAGUAGACCCUGGCUAUAGCAAUGGCAGAAAUACAGUCUCAGCACUCAACAAAACUAACGGAGAUAUGGACAAGUACACACACCAAUUACAAUGUGACUCUGAACACAGAGCAGCCACGGCCCAGGAUCUCACCCUCUGCCCUGCCUCUGCAUCCCUGCUGCAGCAUACCCCCGCGCUCUUCGACAUCAGGCACCACAGAGGAGCUGAGUGCCCAAGACACCGGGCUGUCACCGUCAGAGGACCGCCGAGGGGUUGCCCUUUCCGUCGCCGUGGCGGAGCCAAGACGACCUGGGCAGCCGUUGGGGCAGAGCGCCCUGAAGCGACAGAAAAAAGCCAUCAGGUUCCAGAAAAUUCGGAGGCAAAUGGAGGCGCCAGGUGCCCCGCCCAGGACCCUGACGUGGGAAGCCAUGGAGCAGAUUCGGUAUUUACAUAAGGAAUUUGCAGCAUCUUGGUCAGUUCCCAGAUUGGCUGAAGGCUUUGAUGUCAGCAUUGAUGUGAUCCGAAGGGUUUUAAAAAGCAAGUUUGUGCCCACAUCGAAGCAGAAACUGAAGCAGGAUCAAAAAGUUCUUAAGAAUGUUGGGCUGUCCCGCUCAUUCCAGCAGCUCCCAGGCUCUGGGGAUGCCUGGAAACCACUCUCUGCAGGCCCUUCCAUGUCAGGUUCUUCACUGAUGCCAGGGGAAGAAACAUCAUCCAAAGGCCACAGUCAGACCACAGCUCUGAAAGUGAUAGAACUGAAUACUUACAGUACAGAUACACCAAGGAGACAGAAGGGAAGGAAUAAAGGGAUCCAGGGCCUCAAGGAGGAAAAGAACUUUGUACCCGUUGCCACAGACCUGGGUCAUCCGAGAGAGCUGCAGAAGUCCUCCACUAGCGAUCGUGAGGGUACCAGAGGGACCCACAGAGAUGGAUUGCCGAAUGGCAAGGAACUGAAAGAGUGGGAGGCGGAGGAGUCAGGUGACCAGAACUUCAGCAACAAAGUCGUGCAGAGGGGCCAAGAGUUCUUUGACAGCAAUGGGAACUUCCUAUACAGAAUCUGAGCUGGGGCCUGGCCACAUGAAACACAGCUGGGCGAGUGUAUUUGGAGCUGCCUGGUUUUCUCUGUGUGGAUUAUUCACCUUGGAAGGAGGGCAAAUGAUGAGCCUGGAAUGUGGGAUGAAAGAGUUGCGUGGACUUGAAUCUGACAGGACAGAGUACUUCAUGGGGCAGAUAUGUAUGGGAGCAGGGUGAAUGCCUGGCUGAGGGGGGAUUCACGCCAUAGGGAGCACUUCAGGACUCACCCUCCUUUCUUGGGCUUUCUAAACCAGCCUGUGUUGCUUGUGUUGUUACAAGUUCCCGUGUUACUUGCAAUAUAUGUUUGGGAGGAAACGAAA